UAGUUACUAGUUAGUAUUCUUAAGUUUGAAAUGUGAAAACAAAAUAUUAUUAUUUUUUUUAAAUCACGUAAAGUAUCAUAAACCUUUUAAUUAUUCUUAAAGUUUCAACAUAUUAUUUACUACGUGACCGUUUUAACAUUUGUAUUCAACUGCACCCUUUCCUUGGGUACGUAAGUGACAUUUCACAUUAUCAAUAAUCCUAUUUUGCGAUUAACGGACGAUUAUUAAGUAUUUCGUGUUAAGUAUCCUAUUUCAAGCAACUGCCAACAAUCAUCAACAGGCAAAAGUUAAAGAAUAAGUCGUAAUAGUAUUUUCAAGUGACCUUCAAACAAAUAUGGCUGCUUUUUGGUCUAUGGGUCCUCUGACUCUUGAAGUGCCUAUGUCUCUGUUUGCCAAAAACCGACAGAGACUAGCAGAAAAACUCCAAGAUGGUCAAGUUGUACUAUUACAAGGUGGAGAAGAUAUCAGCCACUAUGAUACUGAUAUACAAUAUGUUUUCAGACAGGAAGCAUACUUCACUUGGAUGUGUGGAGUUAAAGAGCCUGGGUGCUAUUUAGCACUAGAUGUGAAAACUAAAAAGGCACACUUAUUUGUCCCACACUUGCCAGAUGAGUAUGAAGUGUGGAUGGGAAAACUGCUCACCUGUGAUCAAUUUAAAAAAAUCUAUGCUGUUGAUGAAGUUCAUUAUGUUGAGGAUAUUGCAAACGUAUUAAAAUCGCUCAAUCCUGAAAAACUGCUGACACUUAGUGGUCCCAAUACAGACAGCGGUCUAACAGCAAAGGAAGCUGUGUUUGAAGGAAUUGAUGAGUUUACAGUGGACAAUGAAAUAUUAUUCCCAACUAUUGCUGAGCUGCGAGUAAUAAAAACACCCGAGGAGAUUGAAGUGAUGCGAUAUGUGUGCAAAGUUUCGUCGGAUGCUCACAAGCAGGUUAUGCUAUACGCCAAGCCGGGGCUAAAGGAGUACCAAUGCGAAUCGGUGUUUCUGGAUCAUUGUUAUCGCAUAGGCGGGUGUAGACACGUGUCGUAUACGUGUAUCUGUGGUUCGGGACAGAAUGCAGCGACUCUGCACUAUGGACACGCGGCUGCCCCCAACAGCAAGAUGAUAGAGGACGGUGAUCUGUGUCUGUUCGACAUGGGUGGUAACUAUGCGGGUUACGCCGCGGACAUAACGUGCACGUUUCCCGCGAACGGAAAGUUCACGGAGGACCAAAAACUUGUAUACGAAGCCGUACUGUUUGCCAGAGACGCUGUUAUUAGAGAAGCGAAACCGGGUGUGCUAUGGACAGACAUGCAUUUAACAGCAAAUCGGAGUAUGUUGCAGCAUUUAAAGGAUGGCGGGCUACUUUUUGGAAAUGUCGAGGACAUGAUUGAGAACGGCGUGGCCGCGAUUCUCCAACCGCACGGUCUGGGCCACCUGAUCGGCCUGGAUGUGCACGACGUGGGGGGCUACUUGCCCCAUUGCCCCCCUCGGCCCUCGGGACCCCUCGCCCGACUUCGUACUGCCAGGCGACUGCAGGCGGGCAUGGCGCUCACUAUCGAGCCUGGGUGUUACUUCAUAGACAAGCUAUUAGACCGGGCCCAAUCAAACCCAUCCCAAGCGCGUUUCUUUAACUGGCGCCGCGUGGAAUCGUUCCGCGGCUGCGGCGGAGUCAGGAUCGAGGAUGACGUGCUCAUCACGGAAGACGGGGUGGAGAACCUCACCUUCGUACCGAGGACCGUUGCAGAAAUUGAAGAACACAUGUCUACGGGUGCCAAUUUCAAGUCAAUUUAAUUGUAUAGAAAUAAGAAAAACAAUUGCAUGUUUUGUAUAUUUUAAUCAUGUUUUAUAUCAUUUUAUUUAUUUUUGUUAUAUUAAAUAUUUACACUGUUGA